CAUCGGACUAAAUCAUUUUCUUUCUAUGUUUGAUCUUGCCUGAAUCUUGAUGACGUUCUCCGCAUCUGCUAUUGAAGCCACACGCGUUGCCGAAUGUGCAAAUUUACAAGGAGGAAUGGGACCGGAGGCUUCAUGAGGUGCAGGUUUCUAAAAGUGAUCUCAACCGCCUCAUAAUGGAUUAUCUGGUCAUUGAAGGAUACAAAUCCGCCGCUGAAGAAUUUGCACAAGAAGCUUCCGUUGUUCCUGAAGUAGAUUUCGAAUCAAUUGAGAGCCGAAUGAGGGUGCGGGAGGCACUUCAGCGAGGUGACGUGGAGGAUGCCAUAGUGAGGGUCAAUGAGUUGAAUCCCGAGAUCCUCGACAACAAUCGUGCAUUAUUUUUUCAUCUUCAACAGCAGAAGCUGAUUGAAUAUAUCCGACAAGGACGAGUCGGAGAAGCGCUUCAGUUUGCACAAGACGAGCUUGCGCAGCUCGGGGAGCAUUCGCCAGAAUUUCUUUCAGAGUUGGAGAGGACUAUGUCGUUGCUGGCAUUUGAACAUUCGAGUUCCACUCCGAGUGCUAUCGGGGACCUAUUGAGUCCGGCUCAACGAAUGAAGACUGCGGGAGAAGUAAAUGCAGCCAUUCUAGAAAGCUUGAGUCAAGGAAAGGAAGUUAAACUGGUACAAUUGGUGAAAUUGUUGAGCUGGGGGCAGGAAACGCUCAAGGAACAUGCCGAAUUUCCAAAGAUGAGCUUGGAUGAUGGAACUAUACUUGGAUCUAGUUCCUCUACUCUGUAACCUAUAUAGUUCUACAUCAGGAUUAAUGUAACGUCAGUGUAAGUUAUACCGUGUAACAUGUCCAUAAGUAGCAAUUAAAGAUUUUUGUUGUGAAA